GAUCGAGUCUUGGCGUUACAGAGGAGGGAGAUCCAAAGCGAAGGUAGACCGUUCAGGUAUUCAUAUAUUACUUACCAUCGCUAUUACAAAAUAUCUGCGUUACCGUGCAGGUCAGGAAAUGGUGUUGUUGUCUUUGUUGGCUAUGUUCUUCACAGACACAGUUCAAGAGGACUUUCAAGAAUGUUUUAUUAGCUGCUUUCUAAAAUUAAAGGUUUGCUAUUCCAAAAGCUACUAGUCAACCUAGCUAAGGUAGCUGUUGCCUCGUGUCAGUAAAUUUAUAAAUAAACUACAUUUACAAAUAUAUGACUCAUGCGAUAUAUACUGAGAUUAAAGUGAUAUAAUAUAACUGGACUUAAUGUGGCUAAUACUAAGCUCACGAUAGACCGUUAUGACAGCUAAUAUCUCUAUAACGCAUUAUAAAUAUGUGUAUAAUGUGAUAUAAUCACGUUAUAGCACUGUAUAACUAUAGUUAUAAACACUCAUAAAUGUGUUAUGCUUAUUGCUAUAAACCCUCAUGAUAAUUAAUGGGUGUUUAUAACGAUAGUUUCAAGUUUCUAAGCAAAUUACAACACAUCAUAAAUAUAUGUAUAAUGCAUUAUACACUCACCGGCCACUUUAUUAGGUACACCAUGCUAGUAACAGGUUGGACCCCCUUUUGCCUUCAGAACUGCCUCAAUUCUUCGUGGCAUAGAUUCAACAAGGUGCUGGAAGCAUUCCUCAGAGAGCUUGGUCCAUAUUGACAUGAUGGCAUCACACAGUUGCCGCAGAUUUGUCGGCUGCACAUCCAUGAUGCGAAUCUCCCGUUCCACCACAUCCCAAAGAUGCUCUAUUGGAUUGAGAUCUGGUGACUGUGGAGGCCAUUUGAGUACAGUGAACUCAUUGUCAUGUUCAAGAAACCAGUCUGAGAUGAUUCCAGCUUUAUGACAUGGCGCAUUAUCCUGCUGAAAGUAGCCAUCAGAAGUUGGGUACAUUGUGGUCAUAAAGGGAUGGACAUGGUCAGCAACAAUACUCAGGUAGGCUGUGGCGUUGCAACGAUGCUCAAUUGGUACCAAGGGGCCCAAAGAGUGCCAAGAAAAUAUUCCCCACACCAUGACACCACCACCACCAGCCUGAACCGUUGAUACAAGGCAGGAUGGAUCCAUGCUUUCAUGUUGUCGACGCCAAAUUCUGACCCUACCAUCCGAAUGUCGCAGCAGAAAUCGAGACUCAUCAGACCAGGCAACGUUUUUCCAAUCUUCUAUUGUCCAAUUUCGAUGAGCUUGUGCAAAUUGUAGCCUCAGUUUCCUGUUCUUAGCUGAAAGGAGUGGCACCUGGCGUGAUCUUCUGCUGCUGUAGCCCAUCUGCCUCAAAGUUCGACGCACUGUGCGUUCAGAGAUGCUCUUCUGCCUACCUUGGUUGUAACGGGUGGUUAUUUGAGUCACUGUUGCCUUUCUAUCAGCUCGAACCAGUCUGGCCAUUCUCCUCUGACCUCUGGCAUCAACAAGGCAUUUCCGCCCACAGAGCUGCCGCUCACUGGAUAUUUUUUCUUUUUCAGACCAUUCUCUGUAAACCCUAGAGAUGGUUGUGCGUGAAAAUCCCAGUAGAUCAGCAGUUUCUGAAAUACUCAGACCAGCCCUUCUGGCACCAACAACCAUGCCACGUUCAAAGUCACUCAAAUCACCUUUCUUCCCCAUACUGAUGCUCGGUUUGAACUGCAGGAGAUUGUCUUGACCAUGUCUACAUGCCUAAAUGCACUAAGUUGCCGCCAUGUGAUUGGCUGAUUAGAAAUUAAGUGUUAACGAGCAGUUGGACAGGUGUACCUAAUAAAGUGGCCGGUGAGUGUAUAUGUGGGCAUUGUCAGUGAGUUGCUAACAGUUAUAACAUACUACAAUACCUGACCUUGUAAGUCAUGAUAAAAUGCUUUAUAAUGUGUUAUGAUUAUUGCUAUAAAGCAUUAUGAUCAUUUAUGAGCGUUUAUAAGUAUAGUAAUACAGUGCUAUGAUGUGAUUAUUAUACAUAUUUAGAAUGCAUUAUAGAGAUAGGCGUCAAGUAAAGUGUCACUGUCUCUCCAAACUCUCUUAUUUGGUGCAACUGCUCUUUCAUUAAUUUUGGACACUAUUUGUGCGAGUUAAUCCCUGUGUCAAACAAAUAACGUCUGGCAGGACCAGUCACAGAUUUACAGUAACAGAUUUAAAUCAUGUCAGUUACAUCAAGAAAUAGAAAUAAAAUCACAGUGAAGCUCUUGAACUUUGAGUUAAAACAGCAAAAUAAAUUUUGGUCCAAAUAUUUGGUUCAUUUCAUUAUCCAGGUCCAUUAUGUUUCAAUGAACUUAUAUACUGCUCUAAAGCAGUGGUUCUCAAGUCCAGUCCUCGAAGCCUACUUUCCUGCAUGUUUUGGAUGUUUCCCUGCUCCAACACACCUGAUUCAAAUAAUCAGCUCGUUAUGAAGCCAUUACAGAGCUUGAUAACGAGCUGAUCAUUUAAAUCAGGUGUGUUGGAGCAGGGAAACAUCCAAAACAUGCAGGACAGUGGGCCUCGAGGACUGGACUUGAGAACCACUGCUCUAAAGUGAUAGGCCUAAGACCCCGUCUCAGUCUUGUGAAAAUUAUGAAGCAAUGUUUUGCUUUUUCUCCUAUUUCACCAGAUUGCUCUACUAUUACAAAUGUUAUUCCUCUUCUUUUUUUAGGUGUGGAAAUGAAAGGAUUAGUUGUACUGAUAUGUGUCAGAGUCUGUUAAAUAAGGGAUUGGAAGGGAAUGUCAGUAAUGAUGAGGCGAGUAAGAAGACAAGAAUAGACAAACAUUUCUCUGUGAAAGAGAGAAAGUGUUAUAGUCUGUUUGCACAUUAUAUUCCUUUUUUGACAUAUCCCUCAUCGCAUCCCUUAACUCUCACCAUUUGACAUCUACAGCUACUGACUGAAAAAAUGAAAAAGCUUUGGUUUUUAGAGCCUUCCUCAAACAAAAUAAGUGAUGUGAAGUUGAAGGAAUAUGAAUUUGCAACCCCUUAACUCUUGGACAAUUUUUCUACCAACUUUGGAGCUGAGCACAUGCUCUACUUUAACCACCUUUAUAUACUUUGUACUGCUGUAGUGACCUAUUUUUCCCCCAGGAAUCAUUAUAGUUCCUAUUACUGGGAAAAUGUAUUCCUUGCAUCAUAGCGGUGUAAAUCAGAGUGUUCAGAGUUUUUGAGAGCAGAACAGUGCUGUGAGCUGAUCACUUAACUGCAGUGUUCUUUAAAAAGACAUCUUUAAAUCACUGAUCUAUUAGUUCACCAAAAUUGUAGUCCUUUUUGUAUUUACAGUUUUGAGUUCACCAACCUUUGCACCCGAAUGCUUAUGUAUUUUGUUCUUGUCGUUUUUAGAUGUCCAUGGAAAACAGAAUAAGACAAACAGGCUCAUCUAACUCUGGUAACCCAGUUUACUGGCCCUCCCUGUUCCCGCGGCAACCAGCCAGGGUUUUGAUUGUGGAGGCAUCGCCACCGUGGUGGUCGAAGACACGAACAGUGCUCUGUGAUGCUCUGGAUAAUUUCCUGUCCCUGGCUUGUAGUCUGGAUGGACCCUGUAGGGUGCCCUUACUCAGCCUGUAUGCUAUCAGCAGGCAGCAGGAAUGUCUACUGCCAUUUGUGGUAAGACCAAUGACAUUCUUGGUCCUUCUCUCUCAAAUAUCUCUCUUUGUUGUUGUUUUUUUGUAACCUGCAAUACUUCUAAUUUCUAACCUUCUUCUUCGUCUUCUCUUAUUAUAGCAGGUUCGUGGUAACUUGGCCCGGUUGCGUUCCUGUGUAGAGGAGCUGAGAUCUAUCCCAGAGGAAGGCUGCAUCAGAGGAGCAGCCAAAGGAGUUGAGCUGCUUAGACAGUCAGUGUUGGACAGUUUGCAACAGUUUAAACAGUACUUCAGACACACCAGUAACAGCACCCAGGCAAGCAACAACACAUUUUUGGAGGUGAGUAUAGAGUGACGCUUUUUUACAUGCUCAGCUGACACAUGCACGACCAGUACAUGGGAGGAGAGUUUCUCUAAAACUUCAAACAUUAUAAAAAACUCUUAAAUGUAAAAGCUCUAUCUAUUAGGGGUGUUCGAUACGAUAUUGAUAUCAGAUAUCGGUCUGAUAUUAGCAAAAAAAAUUUGAAUCUCGGGUUGUAUCGAUAUCGAUGUAUUGUCAAAAGAGGUCCAUUCCAGACUCCGCUCGAGCACCUCUAUCUAACAGCACCCGGACCCAGCUUGUAGAGCUCACGUUAUCACAACAACAGUACUAAGGUACUAACAAAGUAGAAAGGAGUAGGGGUGAUGUCGGCCCUGUGGCUGUAUUUUUCAUUAAAAUCCAAAAAAGACAUUGCAGCUGAGAGCAAAACUUGUCAUGCACAAGUUUGUGGCAAUUUCGGAUUAAUAUCGGUAUCAGACAAUACUAAUGGCUACAAUAUCGGUGUGGUACUGGAGGUAAAAAAAAGUUGUAUCAGGACACCCCUACUAUCUAUAUGAAGUAUAGUGUUGGUAGUUAUAAAUAAGCAAUGUCUUAAGAGUUUUUCUAGUUUUUCCAUAGCUUUUUGGUAGCUAAAAAAAGCUCACCCUAUAAGAUGAGAAGAACUUGAUUGCACUUUACAUGCUGAUGAUGUUUUGAUAAAUUACUUUUUUAAUGAGAGCAUUUGCUAGAACUACUCUUAACUAACUUUUUGUAUAUAAAUCAGAGCCCCAGCAAUAAUUUGGUGCACCCUGCAAGCCUAUUUUUUUAGACUAAUUCUACAUGUCAGCAAAUGACCGUUUAAGGGAAAUGAGGAAAUUAGCAGAAAUCGCUGAGUGUUGUCACUGUCCUUUCUGUUGAAUGUGAACAUAUCCUCUCUGGUACAGGGCUCUGAAGUGUUAAAAGAGGAUUUCUCAAAUCCAACCAGCUUUAUUAGGGAGCUCUGGACAGAUGAUUACACUAAGACCCACUGUUUCCGACAGCAGCAGCAGAUAUGAAUAGCAGUGUUAGGAAACAUAGAGACACUAAGCAGACAACAACCCAGUGUGUGUGUGUGUGUGUGUGUGUGUGUGUGUGUGUGUGUGUGUGUGUGUGUGUGUGUGUGUUGCUGAUCCACUUACAUAACAUAUGCAUUUUUUAAUAUCUUUGUGUCCCUAUUUAUGAUUUGCAUCAGGCCUCAGCAGCAUUUUCUAUUUUUGGCCAAACAGCAGGAAGUGUUUCACUGCAGCUGUUUAGUGUUCAGCAUUAGCUAAACAUUUGUUUAGCUGUUUUUUUCCCUUAAAAAACACACUGGGAAUACAGCUACACCAAUAUUUGGCUUCUGUGAACUGGAAAAAAUUUCAUCGGUUGCAGAUUCAAAAGUCUAUGAUGUCUAGUUUUUCAGAGCGAUCACAUAAAAGUAUUUCAUACUUGAGUUGAUGCAAUUCAAGCUGUUAUGGUCUAAUUUUUUUUUUUUUUUUUCCCUACAGGUGACUGUGGUGACCAGCCAGCCAGGGCAGAGCAUUGUACGCCAUUUGGAGAAGGGACUCAAAGAUGCUGACCUGGUGUCACUGAAGCGGCUCCUGGUGGUACAGAUCGCAAGUACAGCAGACUGGGGCCAAGAAAACUCUUCACCUGCGGCAAAAGACUCUGAGGCAGAAGGUAAGAAACAAAUAGAGUUAUAUACAGGAACACAAACUGUCAUCCUACUAUUUACAGCUAGUGUUUGUGAGGUAAACUCCCUAAGCAGACAAGCAAAGGCGCCUUUGAAUGUUUAUUGGAAGCCUGCUAUCUAGACUUUUUAUCCCCCUCUCUUUCAACAUACCAAACUUUGGGAUUCAUCUCUUCAAAUACGAGUGCUUGGAAGACAUGUCACAAUUUAUUGACCUUGGCUACUGUCCAAACAUUUAAUAAUCCUCUUGAAUUAAAUAACUUCAUUAUUGGAUUGGAGUUUUACAUAGAAUUUCAAGUAGUGAGAUCUGAAUGAGUAAAAGUGCAAUAAAGACUUGGAUGAAAAAAGAGUGGAAAAUAAGAAGAGACAGAGAGAGAAAGUUAACAAAUUAUGAAUAUGAGGAAGAAAAAAAAGAGUUUAGGACAACAAAAGGAAAUAAAAGAGGGAUGGGGUAAACACAGGGUAGUUUUUCUUGUUCAGAUUACUUUGGGAUGAAAGUUUAAACUGCCUGUAACUGUGUUCAGAAGUGCUUAUCCUCACAUGAGUUCAAGAUCAAGGGAACAUGAUACUAAUGUUGUUGGAGCUUACUCAACUUUCUCAACAAUAUCAGUUUUAUAAUUCCUCUGAGUGUUACAUCAUCAACCUCUUACUUUUAUUUCAAUUAUAUAUAUAAAGUGAAAUAUUUUGUAUCUUUUAAUCAGAUUUUCUCCAUCGAGCUUUGCCCCCUGGAGUUCACCCUGGUUUAUGGGGACCUUCCUAAACUAGAUGCACGUUAUUGUAAAAAAAAAAAUUUGAACUCAAAAUUUUUAUUCUAUCCUUAACCAGCAUUAUUUGUAUAAUAGGAAUCAUGUAAAUCUAUCCCAAUAUGACCUGAAACUGAUGUCACUAAUAGUAGUGUCCAGUAGGGGUGGGAAUCACUAGUGAACCCACAAUAUGAUAUUAUCACGAUACUUGGACCACAAUAAGAUAUCAUUGCGAUUUAUACAAUUUUUUCGACUGUUUAGCUAAUUUAGCAUUUGGCUUUCCUUUAUGUUUGUCUUAUUUGUGCUGUAUUUUAUUUUCAUGUAGUACAUCUUACAGUUCUUACACAUAUUUGUUGAACUAACUUUCUCCUGCUCUAUAAUGUCACCUCUGCCAACCUCACUGGACAAACGGUUGAUUUUAUUUUUCCAUUAUCAUAGAUUUGACUUCAUGUUAGCAAUUAAUUAGAAAAAUCAAUACUUGGUAAAUGAGACGAUAUAUCACAAGACAAAAUAUCGCGGUACUAUGCUGUUUCGAUUUUUCCUCCCACCCCUAGUGUCUAGUUUCAUACAAAGCCACACUGGUGUAUCUGUAGCUUAAAAAAAAAAAAGUUCACUCAAAGCAGAGGAGAGAGUUUAACUGACUCACUAAAGCAGAGUCUCCAUACACUGUUGAAACCUCAUGAUCUUGUUCUGUGUUUAUUUUAGGCCAACAUAAUGAAAGGAAAUAUUUUCAGAAUGAUAAUAAGGGUGGAUCUUUACCUAAUGGUCUUGCAGACACUGGCUGGCGUUGUUGAGUCUCCCUCUAUUGUCUAAUAAAACUAUUCAGUUUCCUCACCAAUGUGUUAAAAAAAGCAAAGCCACUGAGCUGAGAUUUGUUUGGAAUGAGGCCAUGGAGAGAUUACUAUGUACUGCAGUUUGAUGACAGCAGAGACAACACUCUUCUGGCUGCUUUGAGGUGACUCACAGCAUUCCUCUGUCUAUAAGUGUUCAUAGCGCAGGAUAUUUGGAACAUAACUCUCUCUUGUGGUUUUUCUUAAUGCAACCUAUUCCCUUCUAAUUAAGUCAAUCAAAGCGGUGCUACAGACCGCUGAUGCUGUGUUACAGCUGUUUCAUUAGAAGUGGUUUGUUCCAGAGGAGAAAACAUGAUUGAUGGCCACAUAACAUCUCUGCAAUGUAACCCUUCUUAAGUAACUAUUUAAAAAACAAAAGACUGGAAAAGAAAAACACUCACCACUCAUAGGAGGGGCUUGUGGGUUCUGGUGCCAUGUGAGUUGGGUGGUAGCUGAAGGCAGGCACCUCGGCAGUCCGAUCCUUAGCUGCAUAAGCUAGCUUUAGGGAUGUGGAAUGUCACCUCUCUGGCAGGGAAGGAGCCCGGUGUGCAAGGUGCAGAGGCCCUGAAAGAUCAAGGAUCCUUCCUAUAAAAGCAGAUACGGUCAUAUUUUUUUAAGUUAAGUUUGUACUGAUGUAUUUAAUUUUUACAAUGCAGUUUUGCAGCCACAUAUAGAAAAAAAAAAGAGAUUAAAGUGAUUAACUUAGCAGAAUAAAGUCAUUAGUAACAAGAAUAAAGUCAUUAGUAUAGAGAAUAAAUCUGAAUAAAAUAAUUCCUUAUGAAAAAAAAGUCAGAAUAAAGUCCUUAUAUUCUAACCUGGUGAUUAAGAUGACAGUUGUUACUUUAUUACGACUUUAUUCUCAUAAAUGAGUAAUGAUUUUAUUACAACUUCAUUCUCGUAAGUAAUAACUUUAUUAGGACUUUAUUCUUGUAAAUUAGUGAUGAUUUUAUUACAACUUUAUUCUCGUAAUUACUUUAUUGCGACUUUACUCUCGUAAAUUAGUAUUGAUUUUAUUAUGACUUUGUUCUCACAAGAAUAAAGACGUGAAGUAAUUACUUAUAAGAAAUGAUUUUAUUGACUUUAUUCUUUUUAGCAAUGACUUUAUUUUCUGUAAAGAUUUUGACUUUUUUUUUUUGGACUUAUUAUUUAUUUACGUCCAGAGAAAUCCAGUUCCAGUGACUGAUUACAUAUUUAUUUACUCAUAAACUCAAUAAAAUCUUGUUGACAUAGAAAACCUGUAAAGCCUAAUUUCUGUACACAGAAAAUUCCCAGGAGGAAUUUGUAAAGGCAUUGGUAUCAAUAAAAUUUUAUCAAUGGUCAUCCCUAAUUAGGAGAAGUGUAAAUAUUUCACAAACACUUAACUUAUUAUAACAUCAUUGGCUUAAAAGCUCACACUGAGUCCUAUUUUGUUUUCGCUGAAAGAUCUGAUCAAAAGUGAGAGGCAGAUUUAAACUGACAGCCCAACAGCAAAUCUCUGAGCUGUCUCAUAGUAAAUAAGGAUUAGAGUUUAUUAUAGUAUAUCCCCUGAUCCUCUCCAUAUCCUUGAAUAUCUCCAUUCUUUCUUUUCUUUUCUGUCUCUCUCUUCUCAAACUGCUUGUCCAGUUAGUACAAAGUAUAAGAAGCUUUCAUAAGGACAUCAGAGAGUUGUUGUGGUAAGAUCCAGUAAAUGAGGACAUCAUGUGAAUUCAGUUUUACGUUAUCAAGCAUGUUUGUAUACUCCAAUGCUGAUACGCUGUUGUGUUAGUCCAGUGGGCUUCAGCAUACUUGUGCUUUAAAACUGGUGACUACACAGUUUGUCCUUGUAACAUUGUUCUAGAUUUAGAUUUAAGUAAAUAUUAAAUCCUUUAAUUUAUCAUGUAUGUAUGAGUGCUAAAGGAAUCAACCCAAUCGCAAAUUGCCAACUCCCAAUCAGUAUUAAAGCCAGGUAGACCCUUAUCUGGCACAUUACCACUGCAGUGUAGACCUUACUAGAGUUUUCCAGAGUCAUCCAGUUUCUCAGUUGUGUGGAUAGAACUUUUAAUGUAGACACGGCCAUUUUCAAGCUAAAACACAAAAAACUCGCCAGGAGAGGCCAGAAGUUUUGGUCUAAAGGGUCCGAGGGACAACAGAAAAUGCCAGUUAUCUCAGAAGUGACUGAUGCAAGAAGAUGAUCUCAUGGUAAAAAUCAAUCAGCCAAUGACAGCAAGGCCAGUGAAGAAGGUUGGAGGGAGUUCACCCAAGGAUAAUGAGCUAGAACGAGCUGUGGAAGAUAUAUUAGGCAAGACCAAGCUUCUGUGUUAGAGCCACAUAGGACACACUACCUUGCCCAGCCAACCUAACACAGUGGUCUCGGUUUAGAGGAGCUGUAUGGCUCGUCCAGAUCUUCGCCACAUUCUGUCUGGCUGCAAGAUGGCUUUGGCCCAGGGGUGUUACAGAUGGCGGCACAACCAGGUGCUACGAAAACUGGCAGAACACUCGAGAUUCUUAGAGUUCUCGCAUGUAUGGCGAAGUAUGUCCCAUUUGUACCAGCAGGACAAAUGCUAAAAAACCUUCUCACACAGGGAAAGAGCAUCACUAUUGACCACAGGAAGUGAAUGAUCAUUCAGACCUGGACAAGCAGCUUAGGUUAUUUUAAAUGAAUGCCCAGGAAGGUACAAAGGAGCCAAACUUGAGCAUCAUACUCUACCUGCCAAUUAAUGGGUGUGAGAUGGACUAGAAGUUUACUUUAACAACAGCAACACAGAGGGUCCAGCUACAGGUCAUUGAUAGCCAAAGCAAAAGAUGCUUCUGAAUGGCUUCAUGAUGUAUUAAAUACAGACAUUUUUUCAGAGAUAUGGCCCCUAUAAAUUAUUUUUUAAGAUUUUGGCAUCCUUAAUUUUAUUUCUCAGGGUGUCUUAAAGGUCUUAUGGUGUAAGAACCUUGUAGGAUCAAUUUGGGACCCUUUGAAACAGGUAUCUUAAUUGGCUGUGGGACCUGCAUCCCUAAUUGCUGCUUGAGCAUCUCUUUGUUUCUUUUCCUGUACUCUAUUUAAUGUAAGCAGACACAGACUGUGUGUCUCUUAUCUGGGCUUUCAAGCAACUUAGGUAAGGCAAGGUCAUCUUCCCCGUCUUUUUAAAAGGUUCCUUAUCCCUCCAAUCUCUUAACCUGCUCCCAUAUUUGCUCUGCAGUCUGUUUUUUUGCGUCACAUUACUCUGUCUAUGUCUGGACAUUGUCCUUGUGGUUGGUUGGAUAUUUUACAAAACAAGUGUGUGACUCAGCACAGUUGCUAUCUGUUGUCUUCGGAAGUUUUAAAAAGGUGGACUAGUGUUAUAAUUUAUCAUACCACCACCACAUUUUUUUCAAAUUCUGCUUUCCUCUACCGGAGGACUCUGCUCUACCCUCUAGUGUGCCUCCAUAAAUACCAUAUGCAGAGCUCCUCUCAUCAUCUGCCCUCCUGUCUAUUUCAAAAAUCUUCAAAGAAGUCAUCCAGCUGCCAUCCUCUCAGAGUCUCUCUGUCCUCCUUUUCCAUCGAACUCUCUCCUGUUACCCAAUUCUGCUUGAAACCACAUAGCUGAUCUGUUGCCACUGCCACUCACUUUGCAGUUGCUGCUUUACUCACAUUCACAUUACUCAAUCUGCAAACUAAGACAUGAUUUAUUUGAAUGAACACAAGGAAAGUGGUGAAACAACUUAUGAGCCUCCAUUACAAAUUUUCCCCCUCUUGAGAAUUUAUCUCCUUUUUUUCUCUCUGCUCGCCAUUAGUUCUUAAAGGGAUAUUCUGGUGUAAAAUUAAGUUUUGUCAAACAUACUGUAACACCAAGUUAGACACCCCCUCAAGAGAUAAAUGUUGCCAACUGCUCAAAUACCAACUUUAGUAUCGGCGUUGGCCUACGUCUCCACCAUCAAACAUCUUUUAGCUUUGCCUGGUUUCUUUAGCAAAGAGAUCAAACACAACUUACCCACUCUCCUCCAGCAGCCGCUUAUUUUGCGGGGGAGCCCUGACGAGUUGAUCACAGAGUGCAGCGGAGUUUUGCAGCUCAAGGAAGAACAUUUAUGAUCAUUACUUCAUGGAAAUGCAAUCAGAGUUCUUGUGUAUCUUGUACGUGCACUGCAGACGUGGUAGUUGUUCUGCCUUAGCAUCUCUGUCUGAUUGCAUUUCAGUGAAGUAAUAAUCAUCUCCGCUGCACUUGGUGAUUGACUCGUCAGGGCUCCCCCACAAACAAGCGGCUGCAGUAAGAGAGUGAAUGAGUUGUGUUUAGUCUCUUUGCUAAAGAAAUCAGGCAAAAAUAAAAAUAUGUUUAGUGGCUAGUACUUUGGCUGUGUCCCUAUAUGUACUGUUGAUGAAGUUAGGUGCUGUUCUGAGCAUUAUUGGUGGCUAUAGAGUGGCAUUUUGGUCGAGGUUUGCGCGUGGAUCCAUAGACCGAUGUGUAUUGCUAUUGUGCUGUCGUUACUAAAGUUGGUAUAACUAGAAGAGCAAGCGGUCGGCAACAUUCAUCUCUCAAAAGGGGUGUCUAACUCGGUGUUACGAUGUGUUUGACCCUAACUUAAUUUUACGCCAGAAUAUCUCUUUCAUGAUAAAAGCCGGAUAACAGCCCUUGUCUCGUCCUCUCAAGUGUUUUUAUUGUGCUCCUGACCUUAUGACUUUAUCAGAGAUGUCUGCUAGAGAGGUUAUGCAGCCACCAGUGUGUUGAGCGCUGGAGCAAACACCAGAUGAUAAAAGUCCUAUUUAUCAAAAUCUCAAACUACAUCAACGUACUGUUCAUCAUCAAGGCAUAAACAGGCAUGCUUCAAACAAACACAGAGUGCAUGCUGUCAGUGACUGUCUGUAUUUGAAAUAAAGAUGUCAGAGGGAAACUCCAGCUUUAAUAUUAUUGCUUUUUGUUGAUUUAUUGAUUUCAUUAACUGAUACUUAAUUUUACCCCAAAGGAAACACAUGCAAUUCCCUAAUUUAAAAGACACACAAAAACCUCUGCCCAGUCUUUCCUUUUGUAGUACUUUGUUAACAUCCUUUAUUAAAACAAAGCUAAGAUUUAAACAAACACGGAAACUCUUCAGACAGAAAGUGACUAAUCACCCUUUUCCACAGAGACAGGAAACACAGCCAAUGAACCGAGAAAAGAUUUAGAAGUAGACAAUUAUCACUCACGGUUUUAACACAUUCAGAUAAGAACAUAAUUACAUCACUCCAGCUCUCUGCCUCUCCAAACACACAUGUCAAUGUUAACUAUGAUCACAUAUCCUCCUCACUCACUGAUGUAUUGCUUUGCAGAAUCCAGUUUGGCUCAGAUUGAAGUCUUUAAACCUCUGUGAGAAUAAUGUUCCUCAUUUGCUCUCUCUCUCUUUAUAUCUCCCCCUCACUCACUCUCUCUCUCUCUCUCACACACACACACACACACACACACACACAUAUACACACACACACACACACACACACACACACACACACACACACACACCAGUACAUAUAUAUUUAGACACCUCAAGGUCUGAAUAAAAGCCAACAGUUUGGUCCAUCUCCUACCACCCAUCUUUCCUUCACCCUGUCUCUUUCUUCUGUGUAAUUUAUACUUAGCUCUCUUUCUGUCUACAUCAGUAUUUCUGUAUCUUUACAAUCCCUCUUUCUCUCGCUCUCACUGUCUCCUCCUCCUUUUCCAAUUCCCUAGAUAUGCAUUAUCUGAGGGAGUGGCGAUUGAUUUUCUCCAACCCAUUUUCCUCCAUCUCAGUCUAUUUCUCAAGGAUUUCUCCUCCCUUCUCUGCGCUGCCAUUCCUAAGAAGACAAAACAAAUCCCAUCGUUUCCCUCUGUCCUGUGUAAUAGAUUUUUAUUUUGUUGUCUCUUAUUUUCUAACUUUAAAUUCUUAACCUGCAGUCAGGGUAAUUAAGCCGAUUCAAUGCCCAAUUUUCCUCUUCUGACAAAAGUAGCCCAAGUCCCUUUUUUUGGUGUGCGUCUGAGAUUAUCUUUCCAGAUUUUCAUGUAAGAUCGUUUCAGAGGGAUUUUUCCUUCCUUGAUCAGCUUAGAUGGAGCAGUGGACACACUGAGUUAAAGUCUUAAAUAUUCAACACGCUCACUAUUCAUGAUCUGAUACCCUGUUGUGUUGGGGAACAGUAGAACAGAGACUGAGUGGACUGUUGCCAAUUCCCACUGACAAUUCUCAGAAAUGUUUGAGUUUGAAAGUGAGAAAUGUUGCAUAAUCUCCAGUUUUGGUUGUCUUUGAAUUGAAUCUGUUAUUUUAUGGUGUGCCGUUUAUUAUUGGACCUCAGGAAGACUUGCUUUGUCUUGGCAAAAGCUAAUGGGGAUCCAAAUGAACAAUAAACAAUUGUCAUAUCUUUACUCCCCUCAUACUAAUAAUGCAAAAAUCUGUGAAUCUCUGGCAGACCCAAACAGCAGGUUCAGACACAGUGGUAUUUUCUACGUCACAAAUCUAAGCUCCGCCCCCAGAGCCUCACUAUGCAGGCAAGACUCAGAGAAGUAGAGAGGACGAUGGCAGAACAAGCAUUUGCGUUAGCUUGUAAGAAAGCUAAUUAUGAUAUUAGCUUUAAUCAUGUCUCCAAAGACGUUAGUUUCUGAGAGGCAUAUAGCUCCUAUGUUACCUGCUACUUCUACUACACCUGCAAUGUUAGGCUGCAAGCUAGCAUGAAGAGGAGUGUGCAGAGCAGCGCUGUCUCCGCCAACGACCCAGAGGCCUAUAGCUAAUGAGCAACUGGAGCUCUGCAGAAGAAAAGACCUUGAAAAUAACACAGGUAAUAUGAUUUUGGCUAAAAACUUCAUAAUCACAAUUGACAGACCACUGACACCACUUUAAGAGAAAAAAAAAGGAUUGAAGUGGGACUUUCAAGUCCUCAAAGGUCCUUUAAAACAAGCUAGACAAAAAAUAGCAAUGCAACAGGACAGCAAGUAGUCAUCAUAUCGACUCUUUAAUCCAUCCUAAGUGCAAGUAUGCUCAUUUAACACCUAAGAGGGGAACUAAUUCUAGGAAGAACUCUCAAAACUUCACCCCAUGACUACAAGUAGCUUUUGUACUUAACUUUUAUGACUGGUGAAAGAUUUAAUGACAUCUAUUUAAUUCCUGGAACAUCCCGUUUCUCAUUUUCUCCCAAAAAGUCUCUCGCAGUUUUAGCCCUCUUAGUUCAAUUUGUACCCUGGUCAAUGCUUGCUGUUCCCUCCAUCAUCUUCUAGUCCCAUUAGUCUCCUGACGGCCCAUUAACUAUUUAACACCGGAAAAAGGGAAAAAGAGAUGAAGAGGCUGUUAAGUUGAUGUCUACUCUGCAGUGAUAAAUUAACAUUGGGGGCUGACAAUGGAGAAAAACAAGGAAAGAAGGGUGGGGCAGGUCUGUUGGGACUCUUCUGGUGAUAAGUGGGAAAAGAAAGGAAAGAAGAGCAAUGACUUCCUGUCCUCUGAGGGAAGAAAUUUGCAUUAAGGUCUUUAAAACUGCGGGUAAGGAAUCAGAUGAAGACAAUCAGACAGACAGCCUCUUUAACUUUCUUUAAUAAGACAGUUAGUGCAAAUCAGGAAAUCAGUGCCGUUGAGGUUUCUGCUCAAAGAGUGCACAGGUGCAGCUUUAUUGAGUCUCUGCUGUUUAUUGUGUUACUACGACCAGGCAGCAAAAAUAAGUGAUUGGAGUGUGCUUCCAUCUAGUGGUCAUUAAGAAAAACAGACUUGUCCUGCUGAGGCUGUAUGUGUGUAAAAUAAACUCUUACUUGGUGAGCUUAAACUAUAUUUAAUGAAGAAUGAAUUAUAAUUGUAAACCCUGAUUUUUUUUAGCUAAGUUAAGCUGUUAUCGAUGCUGCUCUGUGUUCAUUUUAAGAUCAUCUGAUGUUGGGAGCUGAGGUCGACCUGCAGCAGGUGGAGAACAGUGUGCUCGCACUGGAAACGGUCCUAAAGGCGUGGUUUCAGGAGCAAGGAGGAGACACGGAGCACCUCCACCUCCUGCUGCCCAGUCCACUUGACAAUCCCCUUCCAGGUUUAAGUACUGCUGACAAGCUCACAUUCACAAUUCCUAUGAUGUUAUCAGUAACAUGAGCUGAACUGAUGGUGACAAAACAAAAUUUAAGUAAAACUUUUUAAUAUUACUUUUAAAUAUAAGAACUUUUGCAUUGUUUGAUGCAUUUUUUUACAGACAUAACAGAUGAUAUGAAGUAAACCGAUUACUCUUAUUGUUGAGUAUGUUUUUUUUUUUUGUCAUGUUUGUCACCUGUUCAGUGUGCAUUAAGUGCGAUAUGCAGGAGCGCCUCAUAAGCCCCGCCUUAAUACCCUUCAACCCCAAUCUGGGAGUGAAGACAGGGAACAUCAGGGACCUCGGGCACAUCACAAAGGGAACAGCCAACCAGAGCCAAGCGCCUCAGAGACUCAAAGCAAUUAAGUAAGAGACAUGGCUGAUAAAGAGACAACUACCGUAACAAGUCGUCCUUAUUUUCUGUCCACCUAUCAGCACACAGAGAGUUUCAGUCAGAAGUAAUAACAGUUAGUACUCAACCACACGUGUGUUGCAGAGAAAUUUACAUGACUGAUAGAGAUUCAACAAGGAUUCAGCAUUAGUAAUUACAAAAGAAAACAAAGACUCAUAAAGCCUCUUUUCUAUUCAGCUGUGCUUUGAUGUAAAAUGGACAAUUUUCCCUCACCUAUCACACUAAGUAAAGGCUAAACUCAUGUGAAGUACUUUCAGUUUGCAUCAAUAUUUUUUUCUUUACCAAACUUUUCCCACACAUGAGUGAAUAAUGUUGUCUGAGAGGCCAGGAUAAAUUCUUUAAUAAUUGGAAUUAUGAGUGACAUCUCUCACAGCCUGAUUAGGAGUUUAGACAUCUUGAGCGAGACGUGAGCCGUGCAUACCAGUGGACAUCAGAUCCCCCCUUUAUGGUCUUAUCCUGCAAACAAUAUCUGUACUACAAUAGAUAAUAAGAUGAAUAAUUAAAUUUAAUCUAUACCUAGAUGUGAUCCCCUCCUCUAUUUCUUUUGGAUUUGUGGAAUAAUGCAACAAUGAGUCAUAUGUACAUGCAUGGUAAUAUGUGUGCAUCUACAUAUACUUGUUUGUAUCCUGCCCGUCUAUGAAUGGCUCCAUUCUGAUAGUAACCAUUAGUGGAAUAUUUCAUAGAUGAGAAUCUCCCAUCACAUCACAGUCUCCUUUGUUCAGCUGGAGGCAUCUACACUCAUGACUGUAAGAGCCAGGAGCCAUGCCUGAGAGCCCUUAUCUAGGAUUUCUCUGAACUUGUUAGUGAUGAAAUGUUAUUAUUCUAGGACUCUAGUCAUCUGGAACAGCUGUGGCUCAAAAGUAGAGGGGUAGAUUGGUGGUUUGAUCCCACCCCCUUUGUCAAAAUGUCACUUGAUUUACAAAAUUACAAAAAAAAAAACAAGACUGUUAUGCUUGCAGUUCGAUGGAAAUGAAGGUGGAAAUGAAGCAGCACUAAUUUUGUAUUUUGACUGGUAUUACCAUAACAUUUUAAACAUAUGGACAGACUCCUCUUUUAAUUCUGAAAAGCUGCAUUUUACAUACACUAUCAAAAUGCAUUAUACACAUUAAGAUAGUUUUGGAUAUUCAAAUAUCAAAUCAAUUAAUCAAAUCGUAGUUGAAAUUAUCUGUUUUUUUGCCUGCUUGCUUGAGUAAGCAAACUAAUUUGAACAAACAACAUAAAGGCUGCAUAUUUUUGCAUUUGAGUUGUAAAUACUUAAGCCUCAGUUUAGCAUAUUUUCUGUCCAUAUUUCACGUGUUGUGUCGGCCAAAAAUAUUGUCAGUUGUUUUUGUAAGCAGUAUCGUUUUGAGUUGGAUUUCAUAAAGGUGCACCACCUUGUGUGCAAAAAACUCUGUUGUUUGAAAGCUUGAAUUAUUAAUGUUAAAAUGCACAUAGAUAAAAGUAUCACAUAGAAAGGCAGCUAAAAAAAAAAAAAAUACUAAAUAAGAAUAAAAAAUUUGAAUUGUUCUGAGAAAAAAGGUCUGAAUUCUGAAUCAUCUUUGACAUCAAGAAGUUUUCUCCACAGUAUUAUAAGUCUUCUUUUAAAAAUAGCAGUUUAGUUUAUAGACAGUAAGUUUAUGCCCUUCAUUUUGUGUCUCCACGGUAACCGGUAUUGUGGUUUUUGUGUGUGGACAUGCUGUAGGACCCUGCGUGCAGAUGGAGUGUGUGAGAGUAUGUUGUAUGGCCUACCACUGGUGAUCUGCCCCACCACCUGCUGGCAGCUGGACUGGGAUGAAAUGGAGACGAACCACAACCUGUUCCACGCUCUUUGCCACACACUCCAGGUGUGUGAUUAAGGACCAUCAUCUAAAAAAUAAAAAAAAACAGAUUUAUGUAAAUGUCCUGCUUAGGAUUUUGUGGCUUUCAGUUGCUGUACCUUGUAUUUUAUAGAUUAGGUAUUUUCCUAUACUACUGUCUGCGGUUGUUGACACAUUCCAGAGUAAAACAAAAAGGGAAAGAAAGAAAUAAAAAGCAACAUAAAACUUACUUCCAAAGAACACACGAAGCAAAAUCCAAACAAAGACACAAAAACCACCAGGAGAUGAAAGAUUCACGGAUAAAAGAUCACAGGGAACAGGCUGACAUGCGCACACACAUCAACAAAUAAUGAACCAAACAAGACAAAGGGGAAGACAGGGACUAUAUACACAGUGGAUAACGAGCAACAGGUGGGGCAAACAAGACACAGGUGAAACUCAUUGGUGAUUAAUGAGGGAGGGAAAACUAGGGAAGUAAAACCAGACUAGAAACACAAGAGCUGCGUCCGAAUUGCCAAGUAGUAGUCGAAGUAGUAGUCGAAGUAGUAUCUAGCAUGUCCGAAUUGGCCACCGGAGCGAGUAGCAUGCUACUUCAGAUACUACUUCAGAUACUAGACACGCCCACAUUGUAGGUUGGUCUCGGUGCAUCCUACGGGCAUGCUACUGACCCAAAAUGCACCACGGGCUUCUUCUUCGUCCUCUUAAAAGUUGUAGAAGCGCAUGUGAUGCUAGCGCCACCAGCUGCUCUGCCUAUUUAAAAGUGUCGCGAACGCCGGCUGGCCACAACAGCGCGCACCAUGUCGCGGGACCGCAGCAGUACAGAUGUAAGUUUCAUGUAACUUCACACACUGUCCUAAAAAUGUGCGGUUGUAUCUCUUUGUCGUGUCAUGGUGUCAUAUUUGCCCAAGUAAUCAUUUUAUGAGCAAAUAUGUGGCGACAUCAUGGAGGUAAAGCUCACUUAUUCCAUCAUUAAACUGCACAGCUGCAGUACUACAGCCAGGCCCGCAGAUGAGGGGCUUCAGUUACCACUGUCUGCACGGGCGCAGUACCUACUCUCUGCCUGCGGGGGUCGUCUUUCCCCACCGCUCGUCUAGUGUGUCCGAAUUGGGCAAACGUGUUUAGUAUGUAGGAGUAGGAUCUAGCAGUAGCACGUAGCAGUAGCAUGUAGUAUCCGAGCGGGCAGUUCGGACGCAGCACAGGAGUCAACUACUACAAAAUAAAACAGGAAACACUGAAAACUGAUAACAGGAACAAUAGGGAACAGGAAAAAUAGGGGAAAACACACAGAGAAUACAUCAUGACAGUUAGUGUUUGCAUAAUCAAAAAUCAGUUUUUGAUUGACCCCUGAGAAUAUAAACUCUUAGACCGCCAGAUUUCCCUUUAAAUUUUCUUCAGCACCUUAAAAAAUUGUCAUAGUUUAAAUCAUAAGCCAUAAAGUAUUUUGCCACUUGCUGUUAAUCCUACGUUUAAAAAAAGUUAAAAAUCAAAAAUCAAAACUUAGUGAUGUACUUCUCAUUGUUGAUACCUAAAUGCCCAAACUGUACUGCCAGACCAAACACCCUCAGUGCCUUUGUGCUGCGUUCAUGUAUCUAACAUAGUCAGUGAGGAAAUAUUUAUUAAACAUAGCUUGAUUCUUAAAAAGUGACUAAACUCGUUUGUCUUUAACACCAGCACAUUAAGCAACCAGCAGUCCUAGAGAAAUAACAGGCGUCCAUAGAAGUUAAAGGGCAAUUUACAAGCUUGUGACUUCACUUUCCAGUGAUCCCUGCAGCUGAGAUAGCUGCAGAGGUAGAAACAAUCUCCUGUCAACAUGGUUGCAGCUGUGCAUGCUUUGGGAACCAACUGGAGUAUGUCAGCGCAUAUCAAGACAGUUUUUGGCUUCACAUCUCACGAUAAAUAAACAAAUAUGUUGAUUAGUCUAAAUACGGUCAUUGGGUGAUAUCGUCUUAGAAAGUUAGAGUUUUAAUGUGUACGUCUUUAUGCAAGUAGCAUUUUUUUGUGAAAUACACCUUUAGUCAUCCUGUGUGCAAAACUCAUGAGUAAAAUGGUUUGAUGUUUAAUUCUUUUUUUUCCUUUUUCAGAGUCGUGACUUGUUCCUGCUGCUGCAGGUGGAGCCCACACAGAAGUCUCCUGCUGGAGGCCCGGGUCAGUAUGUGUGUGAUCACGGGUGUGUUUGUGAGAACAGCGUUAAACUGUGAAUGUUAUCAUUCUUUGUGAUUACAGUAACAUGCUCUGUGUAUGUGUGUACAACACAGGUGUGUAUUCUCACUAUAUACUCCAGCCAUCCCCCUCUCUGUCCCUCCUUCUGAAACCUGUGGUCUCUAGAGAACUGCUGCUGCCCUGUUCACUGCCUGUACAAACUCAAGAACCGACACCAGAUGCUCUGGAUGUUUUACAGGUUUGGUGACCUUUGGUCAUUUAAAACAAAACAUAGAAGUAGACAGAGGGUCCUGAACGGAAAAGCAGAAAUAGAGACUACAAUGCAAAUACUGACACCAGAGACAAUCACAUGGUUGAUGCUGGAAACAUGUUUUCACACCUUCUGAAUAGCAAUUGAAACCAAUAACAUUAAUCAAUCAAUCAAUGCAAUUCUGUUAAAUGCUCAUACCGACUGCAUUUUGUGUUGUAUGUAAAUAUGUAUAGUUGUAUAGUAUCAUUUUUCUGGGUGCUAGGUGUUAAUGUGUAUGUAAGUGUAUGCAAACAAAGACACCUAAGACGCACAUAUUUAUAUAUAUUUAUAAAAGGCACAUACGGCAGAAAUUGGCAAAAACUAGCUUGACUCGACUUGAUUCAAAAAGGUUAGCAGUAGGGCUGGGCGAUAAACCAAAAAUUUACCGAUACCAAAAUUUAUGACAAUAACAGAUGACAUUUUGCCCAUGUCAAUAUGUUCAGUGUCAAAAAAAAUUAUAAAUAAAAGUUGGUGGCUGAAUUAGACGAAGUUAAUAGUUAAAUGUGGGAGGUGGUGAGCAGCUUGUGGAGUAGUUAUCGUCUGUUUUUUGUUAUUGAGGUGAACUGCUCAGUAUAUUAUAAUAUUGACAUGAGGUCAUAUCGCCCAGCCCUAGUUAGCAGGCUAACUAAAAGUCACAUGCACCUAAUAGAAAUGACAGAGCCCAGCUUUGUGCCUAAUUAAAAAGAGGGAUUCCUGAAAACUGAUAACAAACUCGUGCUUACUUUUCACCAUCAUAGGCGCACACAGCUUAUGAAAAUCAAACCUCUCUCUUUGUCUCUCUCUUGCUCUCAAUCUGUUUUCAAAAUCACAUGAAACACACUUGUACUGUUGUAAAACCCCAGGAUAAAAAUAGCCAUACCAUGAUCCUGUGUUUUUGUCUGUUAUUUAUUUUAGUCGAGUAAUCCAUUGCCUAUAAACCAAGCUAACAGGAUGGCAUCAGGAUACAGUUUUGUGUCAGCUCUUGCCUCACACAUUAAUAGCUCUAUGUCGUUUGGUUGAGUGACUUUAUUUGCAUGUUAUUGCAUCAGAGAGCAUUUUCAAAUCUAACAAAGAAAUGUUGUGUCUGUCUUUUCCUAUCAGGGUUGCCUCAGUCAGCUGGAUGAGGAGUUUAUUUUUAACCCUCUUUCUCUGAGCAGUAACCUGUACCAGCACCUGAAGGGUCGAGGUCUUCUCUCACAGCCAAGAUACCCAUACAGGUAAUCAGAGUCUGAUGGAUGAACUAUAUCAGUGUAGCUGACAAGAUCUUUACAUUCACAAUGAUGGCUGUAAUGUAAUAUUACAGAUUUAGGUUAGAAAUGCUUAAAUUACAAGGGCUGAUUUCAGGCUGCAGCCAACUGGAGCCCACAGAGACCAAUCUCAACCACCAGAGGGCCCUAAACCCACAGGCAGGAGACCUCCACGGCAGGUAAACACACCUUUCAUCGCAGCUUCAUAACUGUUAAAAUAGUCAUGCGCUUGACGUACAAAGUGGCACAAUGAUCAUGACGGUUCACAGUGAUAAGAGUUGAUGGCAGUCGGACAACAUCGAACAGGAAGAGUUUUUUGAUGAAUCUCAUCUCAGGGUUGUGUGAAGGGAGUGUGCGGUUCACUAAUGCAACUUCCCUCUUACCCUAAAUGCCAUGUUGACUCGAAAGAUGGAAGUACUGACCGUGUGACUGUCAACACACAAUUACAAAAACAGUCGUUUUCAUCGAUGAGAAAAUAACACUGAUGGUGAAUAGAAUUUAGCAGAGUCUUGAAAUUAUUGAAACUAGUCAUGUAAUCUCCAAAGAAACACUUCAUACCAUGUAAAAAGUCCUGGAUUUAAACUCUUUAAAACCCUACUGAACUAUAAAGUAAAGUAAAGCAGUAAAAGCUUUGCCAUAUGAAUAUGAGUUUGUUUUGAUUAACUCAUCAAAAGAUUUGGGACCUGAAUAAACAAAGAAGAGUUAAGGGUAUGCAGUGUUUCAUGGCAAACAGUUUAAAAUAUCAGACAAUCUUUUAGUGCAGUUCUUUAGUACUAGAAUACUAGAAGUUUAAUUUUAACACUAAAUUAAUAUGAAACUUCUAUUCAACUCAAAAGUAAAUAAACACGUAAAAUGCCAAUAAAGUAAAAAAGAAGACGAUAUUAUGAAGUCAAAGUGGAUAAAACUUAAUAAAACUGUAUUUUUACAUUCAUCUCAAUAUGCGAAGUGUUUUUUUUUAAGGUGUUUUUAGUUGGUGUAAAAAAAAAAAUAAAGCCUGCUGUGGAGGCAAAGAGUCCAAACAUGUAACUUGUAGAAUAACCCACUUUCACACUAGUGUGUGUUCAUUUUCACAGGCAUUGUCUGACUGUGACAGCGUGACAUUUUAUCUUCGAGUUGUAUUGUUGUAUCAAGAUGCAUGACCUGAAAGUGUGUAGCAGUUGGGACAGUGACUCAUCAGGGGUGAUAAGGCUGCUGACAUGCAAAUAGUUGAGUGCAGCUGAAAAACACAGAGGAAAUAUCUGUCUGUUUCUCUGUCUGUCCGUCUGCGUCUGUUCUUAGGCAUGCUUCCUCCACUUUGCUGGAACUUAACUUUUCACUUUUGUCACCUUUUUCAUGUUUUCUUCUUCACUUUGCUUCCCUAAGCAUUUCCUCCCUCUCUUUCAUCUAACUCCAUCUUUUCUUCAUUUACAUAUCAAAGAAAAUGCCCAAAAACUUAAAGUCAAACUGAAUAAAAAUAACUAAGUGUUUACACAUUUUUACACAAUCUUUUAUCUUGAAAUAUAAGGAGCUGUUCUUUUGUCAUCCCAGCCGCAGAAUCAGUGUCGCCAACCGGGAACAAACAGCAGGGUCAGGGCCACCGUGGCUCCUUUCCCCUCUUCCUCCUCCCACUCGUCCUCUUCCUCCUUUGGUCCUCCUCCUGCAAAGGCAUCUCGUCCCACUCUGAAGCUCCUCAGCACCAGGACCGGCAGUGGAGGUUGGGAGACGCCAGCUCCUUUACAUCAGGAGACGGACAACAGUGAUGAUGACCCUGUGGUAAUACUGUAAGAAUGCUUGUGGGUGGAGGAGAGUGGACCAAGAGUGUAGAAAACAAGCAAGGAGCGAGACAGGAAGUGUAGUGUAUCCUAACUAAGUACUUUCAUAUGUACAUUUCAGCGUCCUGACGUGGCUUUCAGCUCAACUGCAUAAGACUUUAAGUAAAAAAGGAAACAUCUAUCGUCAAAGUGUCACAUACUGUGAGCACACAUACGUUUUUAAUACACCCUGGGUGGUUACAGCUUCUUUUUCAUGUCAUGUCUAUUUAUUCUCACCGCAAAAGCAGUAUUAGCUUGAGCUGAAUUUAACUGGCCUCUGUGAGUGUGCGUGUGUGAGAGAGGAAAGUUACAACUCGCUGCAUCUGCAGAUUGCUGCGGCGGCAGGACUUUAUAAUAAGAAAAAAUGUGCGAAGAUGAAAAGAAGGGAAACAACUGAACAGUUUAAGCCUGAAAGAGUUUCAGAAGAAUCAUCUGCAUGUGACAGCAGACAAUGUAUUUUUUAUUUGGGGGUGUGUACGCCACAUCAAAAAUACAUCUCUCCCCCUCAUUAUAAUCCAUUUAUAAUAAAGCAGAUAUGCUGUAGCUAUAUUACUUGACUUUAGACAGUAUAGUGCUUUAGCUGUCUACCACAAAUUCCAUUUCCAUUCUGCCCUUGAGCCCUGGUCCGAACACAGCUCCACUGUUUUAAUGAGACACAGAAUCAAGCAGCAGACAGAGGGGCCUCUCUGCUCUCCUUCACCCCCACAGCAAGUCCUCUCUCUGGGGGUUGAAAGUCAGUAUUAUGGGGGCGUGGAAGGAUUAAGUACAGAAGCAAGACUACACUUUAAAAAUGUGUUCUUCAAUUCAUAAAAUACAGGAAGUAGCUUUUUUUGUUGUUGUUGUUGACAUGUUACUAUUAGUUUCAUACUGACGUUGUCGUUUCUUUAUGACUUUCACGCACAAUAAAUCAUACUCGGUUUACACUCACACACUCAAGCAGCUUAGUUAUCCAUACACACACACACUCAAACAAUCUCCAUCCAGUCCACCCUUUUGUUGAACCUUGUACCACCAUCAGGGACUCCCCACUACACAGCAGCCAAUGACUUCAUGACACCGUGACGUCACAGCAUUUCCGCAUUCACCAAUGAUAUCAACAACGACCCUUUUGUCUCUCCCAGACCUCAAAGUCUACCCGCUGAUAUUUUGCUCUUGUCUGUUCUCUUUAUAACCUUCACAUGUUGAGUGAAGUUAAGAUGAUUUUAUAAAUGUGUGUAAACUGAAGUAAAAAAGGCAAAUCUGGCUCUGAAAGGGUCAAAAGGCUAAAGCCAAAGUUCCUGUUGUUAAUACGAUCAAACUCCUCUUUAAAUCUCACUACUGUUAAGUCAAGUGUUCCUUACGGUGUUUCCAAACCUGUUCAGAGUUUCAUUUAACACCAGGUGUCUGGCUAAUAUUUCAAGUGUUUGUUAAUAAAGUUCAAAUCAGUUUGUUUUGAUUGAACCAAUGUGACUUCUAUCACCUUUGGCUCUUUUCACCUGCAUUUGCAUCUUUGAAAAUAUUUGAACUUGAUUUGUUGACUCUUUGUGAGUUGUUAUUCAGUCUGUUGUGUUAUUUGAUGAAUUUAUAUUAUAUUUUAAUAUGUCAUAUAAAUGUAUUCAUGAACCUUUCCUCUAAUGUUUGUAUUCACACCGUUUAUCAGUUGUAAACAUUGAAAAUAGUACUUUGUCAAAGGAUUUUCAUGAUGAAUUAAACUUACCUUAAUGUCUUUAAGCUUCAGUACUAAUUACUGACAUUUUACAAACACAGAUAGUUCUAUCAAAAGGAUUGUGCAUAUUUAUGAUAAGUUUAGACUAUCACCUAUAGUAGUAUAUGGGCAGAUUGAUCAUUCUUUGUACAAAUAACUCUGAGUAGAGAGAGACCUUGUAAACAUGGAAACCAUUUUAAAGAUCUGAAAAUGAAAGCGGGUCAUUUGGUUGAAUUUGGGUGAACAUACAGCACUAAAAACCUAAAGUCCAGUAAGGUGAUGCCAGAUCAGAG